AUGGGCAGGGUUUUCUUCAGCGUUCGAGUCGGGUCGGUCCGCAGACCCCGCUGUACUUGCCGGGGGCGAUGCCAUCUCUCCUGCAGAGUUCCUCCUUCACCCGCCGCUUUCCACACAUCAAGUGGACCUGACGGCGCACGGGCGCCUGGGGAGGCUGCAGAUGAAGCCAUCGGAACCAGCCCCUCGGGGAUCCACGGCUUUCCCACUGCGCCAGCCUCGCAGGCGCCCCGCAGCUGGAAGGAUUGCUCAGCAGCCUUGUCUGCCCCAGACGUGUUGGGAGCUGAUGACCACAAGAUGGGUGAUGGCUGUGCGCAGAAGGUGACAGUUGCUAAACUUCUCCGUUUCCUAUUGCUGGUCCUGAUUCCGUGUAUCUGUGCUCUUGUCGUCCUGCUGGUGAUCCUGCUUUCUGUUGUUGGAACAUUAAAAAAGUCCUAUUUUAAAUCAAAUUGGAGUGAACCUUUCGUCACUGAUGGUGAAGUCCAAGUGUUUGAUGUUUUUCUUACAAAUAACAUUUAUAAUGAGAACACAGUUUUAUCAACUGAACAUCCCAACCAACACAUUCCAGCUUGGACCCCAGAUGCUUCUCUCCCAGGGGAUCAAAGUCACAAGAACCCAAGUGUCUGCAUGAAUCUCACCCACCGCCAGUGUCAGAUGCUGCUGCCUUACCACACCACUCGAACUCCUCUCUUCUCAAUUGUCAAAAGCACAGAAAUGGAGAAGUUCCUCAAGUUCUUCUCGUACCUCCAUCGCCUCAGUUGCUAUCAACAUAUCAUGCUCUUUGGCUGCAGCCUCGCGUUUCCUGAGUGCAUCAGUGAUGGCGACGACAGUCAUGGACUUCUACCCUGCAGGUCUUUCUGUGAGGCUGCAAAAGAGGGUUGUGAAUCAGUUCUGGAGAUGAUAAACUCCUCCUGGCCCAAUUUCCUUAAAUGCUCCCAAUUUAGAAACCAAACUGAAAGUAUAAACGCCAGCAGGAUUUGCUUCUUGCCCCAACAAGAGAAAGGAAAACAAUUGCUCUGUGGAGGAGGCGAGAGCUUUCUGUGUGCCAGUGGCAUCUGCAUCCCCUGGAAACUGCAGUGUAACGGCUACAACGACUGUGAUGACUGGAGUGAUGAGGCUCACUGCAACUGCAGUGAGAAUCUGUUUCACUGUCACACAGGCAAGUGCCUUAAUUAUACCCUUGUGUGUGAUGGAUAUGAUGACUGUGGGGACCUGAGUGAUGAACAAAACUGUGAUUGCAGUCCCAUAAAGGAGCAUCGCUGUGGAGAUGGGCGUUGCAUUGCGCUCGAGUGGGUGUGUGACGGGGACCAUGACUGUGUGGAUAAAUCUGAUGAGGUCAAUUGCUCCUGUCACAGCCAGGGUCUGGUGGAAUGCAGAAAUGGACAAUGCAUCCCCAGCACUUUCCAGUGUGAUGGAGAUGAAGACUGUAAGGAUGGGAGUGAUGAGGAGAACUGCGGUGACAGUCAGACUCCGUGUCAAGAAGGAGACCAAAGAUGCCUCUACAAUUCCUGCCUUGAUUCAUGUGGUGGUAGCUCUCUCUGUGACUCCAACAGUCCGAAAAACUGUAGUCAAUGUGAACCCAUUACGCUGGAACUCUGCAUGAAUUUGCCCUACAACCACACAAAUUAUCCAAACUACCUUGGCCACAGGACUCAGAAGGAAGCAUCCAUCAGCUGGGAGUCCUCUCUUUUCCCUGCACUUGUUCAAACCAACUGUUACAAAUACCUCAUGUUCUUUGCUUGCACCAUCUUGGUACCAAAGUGUGACGUGAAUACAAGCCAACGUAUCCCUCCUUGCAGAGCACUAUGUGAGCACUCCAAAGAACGCUGUGAGUCUGUUCUUGGGAUUGUGGGCCUACAGUGGCCUGAAGACACAGACUGCAAUCAAUUUCCAGAGGAAAGUUCAGACAAUCAAACCUGCCUAAUGCCUGAUGAAGAUGUGGAAGAGUGCUCACCUAGUCAUUUCAAAUGCCACUCUGGACUGUGUGUUCUGGCUUCCAGAAGAUGUGAUGGCCAAGCCGACUGUGAUGAUGACAGUGAUGAAGAAAACUGUGGUUGUAAAGAGAGAGAUCUUUGGGAAUGCCCAUCCAAUAAACAAUGUUUGAAGCACACAGUGGUCUGUGAUGGAUUCCCAGACUGCCCCGAUAACAUGGAUGAAAAAAACUGCUCAUCUUGCCAAGAUGAUGAACUAGAAUGCGUGAAUCACGAAUGCGUGUCACGUGACUUGUGGUGCGACGGCUCACCAGAAUGUUCCGACAGCUCGGAUGAAUGGGACUGUGUGACCCUCUCUAAAAAUGUGAAUUCCUCUCCAUUCCUGACUGUUCACAAAUCUGCCAUAGAGCACCAUGUGUGUGCGGAUGGAUGGCAGGAGACCUUGAGUCAGCUGGCGUGCAAGCAGAUGGGUUUAGGAGAGCCGUCCGUGACUGGGUCGAUACAGGAGCAGGAGCACGACCAGCCGCGGCUGAGGUUGCUCUCUGACUGGCAGAGCUCCAAUGGGACCACUUUGCAUGAACUGCUGGUAAAAGGGCAGCCUUGUCAGAGCAGAAGUAAGAUUUCUCUUCUGUGUACUAAACAAGACUGUGGGCGCCGCCCUGCUGCCCGAAUGAGCAAGAGGAUCCUUGGUGGUCGGACAAGCCGCCCUGGGAGGUGGCCAUGGCAGUGUUCCCUGCAGAGUGAGCCCAGUGGACACAUUUGUGGCUGUGUUCUCAUUGCCAAAAAGUGGGUUCUGACAGUCGCCCAUUGCUUUGAGGGGAGAGAAAAUGCUGCUGUUUGGAAAGUGGUGCUUGGCAUCAACAAUCUAGACCACCCGUCGAUGUUCAUGCAGACACUUGCUGUGAAGACCAUCAUCCUGCACCCUCGCUACAGCCGGGCAGUGGUGGACUAUGACAUCAGCAUAGUCGAGCUAAGCGAAGACAUCAAUGAGACAAGCUAUGUCCGGCCUGUCUGCUUACCCAGCAUGGGACAGAUGGUAGAACCUGAUACCUACUGCUAUAUCACAGGCUGGGGGCACAUGGGCAACAAAAUGCCUUUUAAGCUGCAAGAGGGAGAAGUCCGCAUCAUUUCUCUGGAACAGUGCCAGUCCUACUUUGACAUGAAGACCAUCACGGCCCGGAUGGUCUGUGCUGGCUAUGAGUCUGGCACGGUGGACUCGUGCAUGGGUGACAGCGGUGGGCCUCUUGUUUGUGAACAACCUGGAGGACAGUGGACAUUAUUUGGUUUAACUUCAUGGGGCUCUGUCUGCUUUUCCAAAGUCCUGGGGCCUGGAGUUUACAGCAAUGUGUCAUACUUCGUCAAAUGGAUUGAAAGACAAAUAUACAUCCAUACCUUUUUCCUAAACUAAUUCCAAAGAUGACCCCAGACUUUUACCGAGCUAUAUUCAAAGAAAAUGGCCUUCUUAACUGUGGAAAGCUUCCUACAGAGAGCAGCUAUACAGAAGCACUUUUCAGGGGGAGGAAUGCUUGA